GUACCGGGCCGUGCCGAGCCGUGCCGGGCCGUGCCCGCCGCAUGCCGGGCCCGCGGGCGCUGCUGGGCUUGGGGCUGCUGGCGGCGGCGGCGGCGGCGGCGGCGCGGGCGGGCGGGCGGUGCCCGGAGCGCGGCUGGAGCUGGGGCCGGGGCUGGAACCGGAGCUGGGGCCGGGAGCGCGGCUGGAACCGGAGCCGGGGCUGGGAGCGCGGCCGGUGCCUUCCCCGCCGCGCCAUGCACGGCCCCAGCGCGGGGCCCGGCCCGGCGGGGCUCCGCUUCCUGGGGCAGGAGGAGGCCCAGGCUAUCGACCAGGAGCUCUUCACUGAGUACAAGUUCAGCGUGGACCAGCUGAUGGAGCUGGCGGGGCUGAGCUGUGCCACCGCCAUUGCCAAGGCCUACCCACCCAGCUCCUUCACCACGAGCCAGCCCGCUGUCCUGGUGGUCUGCGGGCCAGGGAACAACGGCGGCGACGGGCUGGUCUGCGCCCGGCACCUGAAGAUGUUUGGCUACCAGCCAACCGUGUAUUACCCCAAGCGCUCCAGCAAGCCACUCUUUGAAGGUUUGACCACCCAGUGCAAGAAGAUGGAUAUUCCCUUCCUCCCCGAGUUCCCAACUGAGGCCGCGUUCAUCGACGAGCUCUAUGGCCUGGUGGUGGAUGCCAUUUUCGGCUUCAGCUUCACGGGAGCAGUGCGGGAGCCCUUUGGCAGCAUCCUCAGCACUCUGGAGCGCGUCACGGUGCCCAUCGCCAGCAUCGACAUCCCCUCAGGCUGGGAUGUGGAGAAGGGGAAGGCAGACGGCCUCCAGCCCGACAUGCUCAUCUCCCUGACGGCGCCCAAGAAGGCAGCGAUGCAUUUCACCGGCCGGUACCACUUCCUUGGGGGCAGGUUUGUGCCCCCCGCGCUGCAGGAGAAAUAUGCUCUGAACCUGCCAGCGUACCCCGGCACAGACUGCGUCCUGCAGCUGACCUAGAGCUGGGGCCAGAGGGGCUGGGGGGCCAGGCUCGGCUUCAGCACUGCACACCAGGGCCAAAUUCUGCCCAAGCCUCUGCUGGGAGGGUGCUCAACACCUCACUGGGCUUCGGUGUGAGCCAGCAGGAUGGAAGGGUGUAGAUGUGGGAGUGGUGAGGGGCUGCAGGGAGAGCUCUCUCUGGGGCUGCUGCCGGUGUAAAGGUGACCUGGGGUUCUGCCACUCACAGCGCCACUCACACUUUGGGAUAAUCUGAUUACAAUAAAGAUUUAUUCAUGCCCUUGAAAAAAUAUUUCAGUACUCU